UAACCUUCCCAUCGUUAACUUUACUUCCGUUUCAGCAAAUGCAUGCUAUGACUUCUGUGUUCUGAUUUGACAGAAAGUUCUUUUGUUUUUUUUUUGUCCGGCCAAGAUUUGACAGAAAGUUCAGCCAAAGAAAAUUCCAUAUUAAGCUGUGACUUCUCUUUAUACAAGAUGCAUCGGUCGACAAUUCUACUAAUUCAAGAUUAGGAAUUGGAAAAUUAAUCAUUUCAAGGCUUUUGCCUCUUACGAUGAAUUCACUUUUUUUGCACAUGAUCUUAGUUAUUGGAGGAUUAUAGAUUAAUGUUCGAUUGCAUGCAUUGCAGCACUGGGUUCGAUCCAUUGGAGCCCCUGAAUUACAUUGUGAUGAGUUGUUUCUCUUGUAUUAUCAGAAAAAAGGGAUGUGUCUCAGCCACACAACCAACCGAAAUUGAUCUUGAGGUUUCAGACAUUCAGAAUGUAAACCUUUACACCUACAAGGAACUCCGAAUUGCCACAGAACGUUUUAGCCCAGAAAACAAGAUAGGGCAAGGCGGUUUCGGAUCUGUCUAUAAGGGAAAACUGAGAGAUGGGACUCUUGCUGCUAUAAAGGUGCUAUCAGCUGACUCGCAUCAAGGGGUUCGGGAAUUCCUGACAGAAAUCAAGGUGAUCACCAGCAUAGAGCAUGAGAACCUAGUUAAGUUGUUCGGAUGCUGUGUGGAAGGAAAUCACAGGAUUUUGGUGUAUGGCUAUCUUGAAAACAACAGCCUAGCUCAAACACUUAUUGGUGGAGGCCAUAGUAACAUUCCAUUCAGUUGGCCUGUGCGGCGGAACAUUUGCAUCGGCGUGGCCCGAGGCCUAGCAUUCCUUCAUGAGGAGGUUGAACCACAUAUUAUCCAUAGAGACAUUAAAGCAAGCAAUAUACUACUUGAUAAAGACCUGCAGCCCAAAAUUUCUGAUUUUGGUCUGGCAAAGCUUCUUUCGCCAAACUUGACCCAUAUCAGUACACGUGUUGCUGGUACAGCUGGUUAUCUAGCGCCUGAGUAUGCAAUACGAAGUCAAGUAACAAGAAGAUCAGAUGUGUACAGUUUUGGAGUUCUACUAUUAGAAAUUGUUAGUGGGAGGUGUAACACAAAUAGACGGUUACCUCCUGAAGAACAUUAUCUUCUUCCAAAGGCAUGGACUAUGUAUGAAAGUGGGGAGCUGGAGAAACUGGUGGAUGCAUUGCUAGAAGACAACUUUAAUAUUGAGGAGGCAUGCCAGUUUUGUAAAAUCGGUCUUCUCUGCGCUCAGGAUUCUCCUCAGCUCCGACCAUCAAUGUCUACUGUGCUUGGCAUGUUGAUGGGUGAAAUUGACGUUGAUGAAAAGAAAAUUACAAAGCCAGGAUUACUGUUUGAGUUUGUCGAAUCCAAAGAUGAAAAGAUGCAAAAAGCUGAGGCUGAAGUGGAAAAUACGUCUUCCCUUGGCAUCACAGGGAAGCAAGAUGUUUCCUCUUUGACAGAGACCACGGCCUCUUUUGCUACCAUGACCUUCACUUCAAUUUAUGAUCGGAGCUGUUAAGUUGAGUAUAUGCAUUUACGCUUGAGUUCUGCUCUCCCCUCUUAUCAAAAAGUUGUCUUCUCUUCUUUGUCG